AGCAGUUAUGUAAACAACAGUUGUUUGGCAAAUCCCUAAUCUCGCCAGAUUACCUUGCAUCAACAGGUUUUAAAAUUAUUGACCCAUGAUUUUUUUGGCUUUCUUCACUUAUAUUUAAACCGGAAAAAUUUCCAAAUUUAUUAAGUAGCUCCUAAGACAGAACAUGAGGAGUUUAGUGCUUUGUUUGUUGACCGUAGUGGCUUUUGGCAGCUGCCUCAAACUUCCUUCUAGUUUCAAAAAAUGUGACAGAAAGAGAACCGAUUUUAACCAGUGCUUGAGUGACGCUAUUUAUGGUGCUCUUAAAAUCUUAGACAAACCUUUGCCUUCUCAUGGUUUACCAAGUUUGUAUGACAUCGAAUUUCCGGACGAGGUCGCUACAAUAGGAAACCGGACCUACGGGCUACUACAAACGUAUUAUCGCCCUAGGUGUAUCGGCUUGUCGAAACCAGAGAAUAUAAACGCUAAACUAGAAUUUGGUCCCUUGACUAGUACUUUAACGAUAGAAGCUACUUAUUCUCAACUUACGGUAGAAACUGGAUUCGAGGCUCAAGGUACUAUUGUUCUUCUACCGGUAAAUGUCGUGACACCUUUCGAAUACACUUUGGUUAAUCCAACAUACACAUUUACGUUUGAACUGGAAGAGUACGAGAAAGGUACUACUUAUUUUAGGGUGAUCGAUUCUAAACUCGAUAUGCAAGCACAUGGCCUUAAAUUAGACUACAAGCAGUUGUUUUCCAACAAAAUUCUGAAUGACGAAUUUAAUUCGGCCAUGAAUGUAAAAUGGCGGGAAAUAUUUGCCCUUUCUAAAAGCAUCGAUGAAGAUGUUUUUGCUCCCUUGUUUGGUACCAUCGUUAACGGUUUUCUGAAAAGAGUUCCCGUUGCUGAUCUCUUCGAUGGAUAGCUUUUAUGUUAAUGCUGUACGAUUUGUUCUUUAGAAAUAAACA